AGUGCAAAACUGCACUCCAUUUUGGCUUAAGGCGACUAGCUCAGGCUCACGUUCUACGCCCACCGGCUCAGCUGUCACGUUCCAUCCAGACAUACUUCUUACCAAGGGCGCCCUCGAGGGCGCGAAGUUAUUCUUGGGAGCCCUUGCUUACCAUGGCACCCAGGGGCCUCUUCUUGCUUGCCGUGCUGGCGCUGCAGGCAUGGGGCGCGCUCGCGCGUGCCCAGCUGAAGCCCGCCUCGAGGGCGGGUGACGUGCUCCAGCGAGGCUCGGCGCCGGCGGGCCCGCAGCGGAACAUCUCGGAGGACCAAUGAGGCACAUACCUGAUUUCUCGAGGGUCGCCGCGGACUUUUUGUUGGAUCGGCGCUGGGCCCCCCUGGCUGCGCCUCUGUCGCCGAUCCUGGCGCGCCAGGAAGGGCGGUUCAGCGCGUAUGUAAGAAAUCCGCGCGCACCUCCUAGAAUGAAAAGUCAUAGUUAUGCCGCCAUUCGUUCUUCUAACGUCCGGAGGAAGGCACCAGAACACCAGCCGACGGCGCCAGCCUCCUCGCUGCUGCAGCGCGUGCUGGGGCGCCAGGCUGCCGCCAGGGCGGAGAGGGCCGCCGGCGCGCGCGGGGGCGCCGCCCUGGAGGACGCGGGCUCGCUGAUGCAGACCGUGGUGGAGACCAAGGGGCUGGACAUCGAGGAGCAGAAACGACGCCUGCAUAAGCACCAUUCCUUCUCGGCGGCCCGCGCGGAUUUGUCGGAUCGGCGCCGGGCCACCCCGGCGGCGCCUCCGGCGCCGCCCCUGGCGCGGUUCGCGCAGCGCCGGGGAGGGGCGUCCGCUGCCGAUCCAUGAGAUCCGCGCGGACCUCAGAGACGGUGUGUUUGUGCUGUUUUCUGCUCCUUCACUUCCGCAAGCGCCGCCCGCGCGACGAGUUCUGAUGCGGCCCGCGCGGUCGCUCCCAGCAGCGUGGAAACGGCACAGCAGCCUCUCAUGCCAGAAACAAAAGAGAGCGCCUGGCG